AUCGCGUGAGUGUUUAAAUAUGUGAGUGUAUGAGGGAGAGAGAGAGAGGGAGCGUAAAGAAAGAAUGAGAGUGAGAGAUGUAACAGGGAAAAGAAAAUGUGGGGUGGGAGGUGGUGGCUUCGUUACUCUAGUUUUUUGCAGUGAUUCUUUGCAUGGAGGAUUAUUAUUAUUUCCGCCAUUUUUUUUUAAAUAUUUUUUUUCUCAUUUUCUAUUGGACAUUGUUCUUUGAUUUGUAAGUAGGCAGAAGUAGCCCCAAAAAAAAUGGAAGUACUAAAAAUAGGCAAUCAAAAUGUGUGAAUAGUUUCGUUGUUCAUUUUCAAAAGCGCGAUUUCUGAGAUUUCUUGUUGUUUUUUAAAUUUGAUAUUGAUACAAAAUGUGCCAGAUCCUGUUGUUUUUCUUGGAACUGGACAGGAAGUAGUUUAGGUGAAAACUAACAGGAGAAAUAUGGGGUCUUAUGGCUUGACCAGAUGUCGUUUCAAGUGCGCUGGGCUAUUGCCACUUCAGACUCGUCGCAGGACCUGUGGUUGCGUCACCGGGAUGUCAGAAUGGGUCGCCGCCUUUGGUCAGCACUUUGUGCACAUUGCCGCUGUUCUUUUGCUGUUGACAGUGGCGUCUUUUGGAGGGGCUCGGGGUAAUGAGACCACUUCGGCGGCGACGUCGUUGUGGGAGACUACAGAGGCCACGAGCAAACUGGAUGACUCCUUUGAUGACACCAAAAUUGACCUGUCCCAAAAUGGGGAAGUCCAACAUGAAAUGCACCUGUUAGGUAUCAUAAACUCUUCAUUAAACCCAGCAGCGUAUCACGCUCAGAAAAUCAUCCGUGAAAUAGACAACAUAUCAUUCACAAGUGUGUAUCUAGAAGACUACAGCCCUGAUGAUGUCUACAGUUACAAAAAAGCUAUUAAAGCUCUUCGGGGGAUGGGUCUGGACGCUGUCAUCGGACCUUACAGCUGGGCCUAUGCGGUGGUCACAGAGAACUUGCGAAUUCCUUACUUCGUGACAUCACUGACCCCGCUUGCACACGAACUAUCAUCAUCUUACCUGAUACAGCUGUUCCCCAACGCCGAAGUCUUCGCCAACGCCACGAAAGACAUGCUCCAGUACUAUGACCUCAACAAGGUCGUGGUAUUCUACGACACACACCCAGGAGAAGUGAUCCUGGAGAAGUUAGCCCAGACGUCCAGCAUGCAGGCCACCAGUGUAUUGAUCAACAACCGGACACUGGGAAACAUUCGCGAGAAGCUCAUCUCAGUGCGCAAUCAUUACUUUACCACAUUUGUGACAGUUUUAAACCCACAGCACACAAGACUUGUGCUCGAUGAGGCUCUGUCAUUAAGUUUAUUCUCUACACCACACAAGUGGUUGCUGGUCAACUUGGGUCUCCGGGAGUAUGAUCUCUCCCGAUUUGUCGAUUCCUACGCCAAUGUGACGGUGAUUCGAUUAAUGAUGGACUACAACUCCAUGUACUGUAAACUCCAGCACGACUACAUUAACUUGAGGAGGGCGGUGUUUCAUGACGCCAUCAUGCUGUACAGACAGAUGAAUGGGUCCGUGGGUGGAGGGCAAAAAACAGAGAAGGGCAAGAUGAGGCAGACAGUUAGGAGGCUGGAGAUGGACGGAUGUACCGGACACCUGGAUUUCUCUGUUCAAGGUCAACGGCAGGAGAGCUUUCUGCAACUCAUGACGCUAGAAGGUUACAAGACAGGGGAGCACCCCAAAAAACAUAGUUUAUACAAGAGCCUGCAACAAAACGCUACGAUAUUCGAAAGUCUUGGGUCCAAUUUUAUAAGUGGUACGUGGAGAAGUAAGCAAAGUGAACUCAAGCAGCGCGUGGAGCCCUCACGAUCCUACAGCACCGUUUCCAGGCUUGAGGGGAACGUCUUUGGGAACGAGCCAUUGAGAGUCACAGUCAUGAUUGAGGAUCCAUUUGUUUCCAAAAGAACGGACAAUGGGGACUUCGAAGGAUUCUGCAUUGACAUUCUAGAAGAAGUUUCCAGAAUUCUAGGCUUUCGGUACAAUAUAUCAAAGGUUCCAGACGGGAAGUAUGGAAGCUAUAAAACCCAUGGAUGGACUGGAAUGAUAAACGAGAUUGUCCGGUCGAGAGCAGACCUUGGAGUUGGAGCUUUCCAGAUCACCCCAGAAAGAGCAGGAGCAGUAGACUUCACUAAGCCUUACAUCACCAAAGGAACGACAGUGGUGGUCAAAAGACCUGAACAUCGAAUUUGGAUAUUUCAGUUCCUUCUGCCUUUGUCUAAUGUUGUCUGGUCUGCUAUAUUUAUAGCUUUCGUCAGUACCAGUCUAAUGCUGUUCGCCGUGAGCCGUGUCAACUCUGACAGGCAGGCCAAGUACGCUCACAACCUGCGAGAGAGCUUCUGGUAUAUCUGGGGAACCUUACUCAGGGGAAGCCUCAGUGGCAGUCCUCACGCCAUAUCAUCAAGAAUAGUGUCCUCAGCCUGGUGGUUCUUCUGUCUCAUCGUCUCCUCUAUCUACACGGCCAAUCUGGCAGCCUUUUUGACCAUCACUGUGGGAGAUGUGGACAUGAACUCGGCCGCGGAUCUGGCCACACAAAAUAUUUUUGACUACGGUACAGUGGAUGGUUCUCAAACGGCCUACUUCUUUGAACACACUAAAAUGAGACAUUACGCUACGAUGUGGGCCUACAUGUUUUCUCUGUCACCAAAUUCUAUGGUUAGGAACGUGGACAAGGGCUUUGCGCGCGUGAAUCAAGGGGGGUACGCCUUCAUUUGGGACUCUCCAGUCAUUCGACAUAAAAUCAGCAAUGACUGCAUGCUGAUGGAGAUCGGGACGCCGUUUGAUCUGAAAGGCUACGGUUUCGCCUAUACAAAGAACGCUCCCUACGGAGAGCAGCUGUCCAUGGCCAUCCUCCAGCUGCAAGACGAAGGGAUACUGUACAAGCUGGAAAGGAAGUGGUGGAGGCCGCAGAACUGUCCAAGUCAUCAUCAAAGUGCCAAGACGCAAUCUCUGGAUUUUGAGACUGUCUCUGGGAUGUACGUGGUCAUCCUAAGCGGUGCGGUCAUUUCCGUUCUCCUGUGUGUCUUGCAAUAUAUCUACGGACAACUAAGACGGAAAAGGAAGCUACGUCAAACCAAAUCAAAACAGACGGACAAUUUUAGGACCCAGGAACUGGGUGAAGAGUUCAGAAGGACGGCCUACACGUCUGCAGACACUGAGCAGCGUGAAAAGAGGGACAACAAUCACGACGAGAUCACAUACGCCAACCAUUCCCCCCUGCAUUACACGCCUUCGUCAGACUGGAACUGACAUUUGUCGUGAUCUCGCCCCUCUACUUGAGCCUCCUUGUCACGCCGCCUCCGAGAUAAUAGCAAAGUUUUUAUUUUUAUUUUCAGUCUUUCUAUUUGGUCUUCAAUCUUUCUAGCUAUGAAAAGCUCUUCUGUUAUUGGCGAAUACGUUUACAGACAGCCUAUUAUGCUAAAUAUAAUGUCUCACCAAGAAAGAAUGCGUGCAUGGUGACACUAUUUUCUCUUUAAUGUCAAAUGUUUUAAUGUGACUAUGUGGUUAAUUUUGGAGACUUAUAAUUGUUACUCCAGUGUUUGCUACCACAGUGUUUGUUACCACAGUGUUUGUUACCACAGUGUUUGUUACCUCAGUGUUUGUUACCACAAUGUUUGUUACACCAGUGUUUGUUAACACAGUGUUUGUUACCACAGUGUUUGUUACCUCAGUGUUUGUUACCACAGUGUUUGUUACCACAGUGUUUGCUACCACAGUGUUUGUAACCUCAGUGUUUGUUACCACAGUGUUUCUUACACCUGUGUUUGCUGCCACAGUGUUUGCAGUAUUGCAAGCCUUUUUUUAAACACUUCAUAGUGUAAUAGCUUACAUCUAAAAACCAUUUGUUUAGCUGUAGGUUGCCUCGACGCAAAACUAAAACAGUACGAUUAUCAUAUCUAAUAUUGAACUAAGUCUGUCUUUUAUUGUCGUCUAACUCAGCUUAUUUCAUCUGUUGUCCCUGAACAACUUCAAUUAGGACGAAGACAGCCAACACAUUCAAGGUCAUCAAGUAUAAUGCUUGUUGAUUUCAUGUUUCAAUAAGCGUAUAGUUGUAAAUAAUUAGUACCCAAGGCUGUAGGAUUGAAAUGUACAUUACUAAGAGAAACUAUGAUGUAUAUAAUGUAAGACUCAUGUGUGUUCCUAUUGCAACCCUUUCUUGUCAUCUUAUCACAAACUGUAAUGAGAAGCAAUAUAUACUGAUAUGACAUCCAACCACUCACACUAAGUGUUGUAUUGUGUUAGUGUAUUUCUCAGUCUCAAACUAAAGUGUGAGUACCCCUUUCAACCCCCAAUUCAUAGAUGCAUGUGUCUGUGUGUAUUUAUCGCGCCCUCUUUAUAUAUAUGUGUGUGUGUGUUUGUCACAACUUUUCCAUUUCUCUGUGUUCAUUUUAUCAAAUCCAUCCAUAAUUAAAUGAUGUAAUCACUCCAUAUCUCUGUAUUCAUUUAGAUCAAUUUAAUCUCAAAGUCAUUUCCAUAUUAUUAUGAUUGUAAUAAUUCUGUGGCAUUUUACGUCUCGAGAGAUAGUCCUAUCCCUUUGCAACUUCUUGUGUGACUAAAGAGACCAAUCUCCUGAUACACAGCUGCGGUCGCAGGCUAGGCAUAUGUAAUCACCAGGCGCCGUUGCAUUUUCACCCUUCUUUCUGCUGCUGUUGUGAAUGGCAUCUGCAAUCCAAGACUCUUCCUCUCCAUGUGAAUCUAUCCAGUGUCACUUUUUCCCAGCUGCUAAAGUCGAUUUUGUAUGGCGUAAAAGUGGGCGACCAGCGGCUCUCCUGCCUUCUAUUAGAUCACCAUGCAGAAUGUCUUGUGGAAGUCGACCUACUGGCAUUCUACAAACGUAAUAAUUAUUCAUUUAUAAUUAUAUAAAUAAGGUACAUUUUUUAAAAAAUCUAUAUGAAAAAGUGUUUUUUUUUAAUGUUUUUUCAACGCACUAACAUUCAUUCAGUGUUACCAAGUACUAUGUUGACAGUUUUAAUUUGUACCUAAUCUAUGUAUCUAAGCAAAUAGAUAUUACCCUUCUCCUAAUUUUGCUGUAUAGCCAAAUAAAUAAGAAUACCUCUUUUCUCGUAUUUGACACGGUAUGACGAUUCAGUCAUUCUAUUUAUUUCUAUAAUUAUAUACAUAGCAAUAAUGAAGUUUAUGUUUUAGAGUAGUUUGUACAUUCAUUAGUGAUUUUGUUGUAAUGUAACACACUUAGUAAGAAUAGAAGAGUAUAAUACUAAACUAAUCCAGCUUUACUCUAGCAAUAUCUCAAAUAUCUCAAGCCUUACCUUUGAAAAAAAACCUAGCAUGUCAACAUUUCCUGUAUUGUCUACACCGGAAACGCCAAAAGCUAAGCUAUUUAUAGUUCGCCAUGUUUGAAAAUAUCCAUUGUUGAAUUCCUUUCAUUAAACUGCAAUCUUUUGUUUUUCAACAAGCCAGCUUUUUUUGGUGUUGAGCCAGAAGAUCUUUUGCAAUUAACAUCAAUAUACAAAAAAUGACGCAUUAAAAUCUUUGUAUUUGUAAUUAUAUAUAGAGACAUUACAACCUCAACUCAGAACGUAUUAUCUUUUUCUCUGUGAACAUGUAUUUGUUUAUUUCUUUAUUUGUUUGUCUUUUAUGUUAUUCCUUUUUUUUGUGUGGGAGAUGAGUGGAAGGGGUUUUGGAGUUACAAUGUGAAAUGUCUUCAAUAGAAAAUCUUGAAUUCAAAUCUUGACUUGGUUCAAACCAAACUGUAUAUAGUUCCAUCGAUUCUACAAAUCGUCAAUAAACAUUUGCCAACAAAACAAAAAA